GUGGCUGUGCUGGUGGAGAAAAAGCUAAUUAAAGAACUAAGGCUCCUAAGUUUCCUCCCUCCACCCCAACCGGCGCCGCAACCACGAAAGACAGCACACGCAUCGCAUUGGCGGAAACGCGCAAAAAUAAGCCUGCGGCGCUGUCGAGAACGAAAGCGUUGUCCUUACCGGCGGGAAUCGCGACACGACACGAGACGAACACGAACGCCAAUUCCCAAACUAUAGCUAGACGACGGACGUUCCUUCCGAAGCCUUCCUCGAACCAAACCGCGGCGGCAUUCCCCCGAACAAAAUCACAAAAGGGGGUCAGGCGUGGCAUGGCGACUUCUCCGAAAGGAGCAAGAAACCAUGUCGCGACCUUUGAAGAAAGUCGUCUGGUUCGGUGGUAAACCCCCCACCCCGGCCGGUACCAGCAACGGCGCCGUCACAACCAAUACAUCCAACGACACCACCACCACAUCCUCAAUUUCGACCCGGCAACCGCAGCCGCCCCGAAAGAACCCCGAUUCCGAACCGCGCAAACUUGCCGUGGUCCUCGAAGACCUACCGACCUACCGCCGCUACAAACCCGGCACUGGCCCCCCGCUGCGCCCGACAACCCUCGCUCCUCCCCGCGACUCAACAGCCUACAUCCGCGACGAGUUCUUCGUCCCGCCCGCGCUCUCUGACGACGGUAAGAAGCGUCUUCAGUACGUGGUGGGAUGGACGGAACUGCCGGCUGCGCGGCUCGUUGUCGACGCCGAGCGGAUAUGCGACUACGUCUCGCCCAUGGCGUACGAGGAGUGGUGCGCUGCAAAGGCCGAGGAGCGGGAUGAGGAGGAGCGCCGGCUAGAGGAAGCGGAGAAUGUGCGCGCUGUUGAGGAGGCUGUGGCUAGAGAAAGGAGUGUCGCAAUACCGGUCGAGAAGGGUGGAAAGGGGGCAAAGAGGGGCUGGAAGAGGAAGCAAAUCGCGGCGGAAGAGUUGAGGACACCACCGCCCGCCACCGCCGCGGACGCAGGGAAGAAGAAGCGGGGACGGCCAAGGAAGAACGCGCCUUCGCUCUCUACACCAUCCAAGAGAGCCUUGGCGGACGACUUCAGGGAGCUGGAUACGGAGGGGGAUGUGGACGUGGACGUCGAGAUGGAUGAGACGGCCGACGACGAGGCCAUUUUCCGGCAACUCAACGGCACCGGGACAACAACACCUCUGCUUCUGACGGAGAACUCAUACGACUCUGGCGAACAGAGCAGUCUGCCCGCAGGCUUAGAACCCCCGAGUAAGAAACAGAGAACGCGAUCACCAAGACCGGCGCUCUCGCGGUUCAUGCCGGGAAUCGAGACGGACACCAGCAGCCGGAGCACGCCCUUUGACUCGUCCAGAGGAGCCACAAGCUCACCGGCAUUGCCGCCGUUACCACAACCGCAAGCACCGGGCCCCCAGAGCACUACCGCCCGGCCGCGGGAAACAUCCAUCUUCCCGCCGAUACCCCCGGCCUCUGCGAACCACACAUCCACGCCCACAGCGCCACGGACGACAAAGACACAGCAGCCGCCGAAGCGGUCCCUCCUCUCAAUACGAGACCCCCCUUCCACGCCACAGCAAUCGUCCUCGCCUAAGGUCCAAACACCCACACCGAAAGCGAUCAGUAUGCUACCACCGCCAGCGACGGCGCCCCCGGCGUUGAACCCGACACAGAACGGUAUAGGUACAGACACUUCGAUACCGAAACCGGGCUUCAAGCCCCUGAUACAAAACACGACCCCCUGGACAGUGUCCCCCGCGGCCUCAAAGACCUCUUCCUACUCUAACCUGACGCCCUCACAACCUGUCCAGUCGAUAGAGCGACCCUCCUCCACGACGCCCACACCAAUCCCGAAGAUACCGAUCCCAAAACCAAAGUCACAAGAACCACAACAAUCACUCCUACCGCAAACCUCCUCGGCCCCCCCCGCAACAACAGCAGGCAGCAAAAGCGCAGCCAUAAAAUCCAAACCUCCCCCAACAACCAAACUCCACACCGCACGCAAAACCGGCGGCAAGCACCCACCAAGCUCAACCGCAACCGCAACAACAACAGCAGCAGAUGACGACGAAGAAGAAGACGAACAAGUCUACGAAGUCCUCCGCAUAGAAGGCUUCGAAGACCGCGUCUCCCGCCGCAGCGGCAAGAAACUAGGCCGCUUCUUCCAAGUCCGGUGGAAGGGAAACUGGCCCUCGUCCAUGAACCCGACCUGGGAACCGGAAUCCAACAUCCCGCAACACGUGAUUCAGAGGUUCUACUUUGAAAAGGGCACCACUCCCAAGAGGAAUGUCAAUGGGCAGGCGGGCGCUAUGGAUAAGUACCUUGUGCCGAAGAAGUAUGCUCCCGUGUCGCGAGCGAUUGAGGGUGAGGAUGAGCUUGGCGAGGGAGAUGGCGAUCACAGUAAAGUUCACGGUAACGGUAAUGGGGUUGCGGUUGCGGCUGCGGCUGCGGCUGUGGCCAAGGACGGCGAGGAGGAUGCCUCGGACCAGAUUAAAGUCGAGGGCGGUGAUGAUGAAGAAGGCAACGAGAUGAUGCUCGUUACGGACUUUCGGAACCUUCUUGACCCUGAGAGAAGGUUUCAAAAAGCGAUCUGAUACCAAUUCAGUAAGCGAGCGCAAUCACGAGAUCGGCAGGAUCGACGAUGGUUUGUAUUCACGAUCAGCAGAUAGCCAUACCUUAUUUCAAAGAAUAGAAAAAGAAUUAAAAGAGUGAUAUCGAGACCAAGUCUUCACAUUCGUAGCGUAUGAUGUUCGCAAUUGAUUUCACUUUGUUUGGUAGAAGUCGACUAUGGUAGGUAUACAGAGAGAGAGGAGUGCCGUUGACGUAUACAGUAUGGAGGAAGAAGCAACAAGAUAUUCUUCCUCCUGACCAUUAUCUGCAGAGUGGGAUGGACUUGAAGUACUAAAGUCGGUUCCAGUUUCGAAAAGGGGGAAUUCGGCACCUUGAAAAUAGCGUAUGCUACAUGU